CAGAGCCGCAUUCUUACAGGAGUCAGCAACGAACUUGAGUAAACACAUUUGCUGAAUGAGACGCAGUCAGGGAGACAGCAUUUUGAUGGGAAUGGAUUUCGUGUUUACCGUGGAGGUCGUGGGCAUUGCCCUGGGAGUCAUAGGAUUAAUACUUACCAUCGUGGUCUGUGCACUCCCCACCUGGAUAGAGAUAACCAUCAUAGAGGCUAAUGUUACCACCACAGAGGUGGUAACGUACGGCCUGUGGAUGAGCUGUGUGGCCCAAGGCACGGGACAGACACAGUGUGAGGUGUUCAACUCCAUAUCCAUAUGGGACCCUGCCAGAGCCAUGUUCCCCACUGCCAUCAUCCUGGGGGUUCUGGGGGUCACAAUCUCCAUGGUCGGAGCCAAGUGCACCAACUGCAUCAAAGAUGAAACGUCUCAGACUAAGUUGAUAAUUAUCGCUGGAAUUUUUUUCAUCCUGGCCGGAAUUCUCAUCCUCAUCACUUUAUUCAUGGUAACAAUAACCGUCCAAAUCGACUACUUCAUACAGUCCAAAGGAAACUUUGAGUUGGGGAACUCGCUGUACUUUGGCUGGGUGGCGGCCGCCCUGCUCCUCAUUGGAGGGUUCAUACUGUGCAUCAAUGUGGGAGUGUUUGGAUGGAUGAUGGGAAUCUUUGGAUGGAUAGUCUCCCUAGUGUCCUGUGCUCUCUCUAUAUUGCUCCCAUUCGUUUUUAUCCUGUGCCCCCCUAUAGGGACAUAUGGAUGGUUAUGAUGACAACCUCCAUCUCCUCCAUCCUGGGAGCUCUAGGAGUGAUGGGGUCCAUCUUUGGGACCAGGUGCUGUAACUGCAUCAAGAGUAACAGGACAAGGGUCAAGGCCAGGUUCAUUGUUGGAAUAUUCUUCAUCCUGGCUGGUAUCCUGCAAUACACCACUGUCUUCUUGAACUAUUACUUGACACAUAACCUUCCAGAAUACUGGAGGGGGCUUUUGAUAUCUUUUGCUGAACACAGUAGAUGGGCCGCCUCCAUGCUCCUGAUAGGAGGAACCAUACUCUGCUGCAGCACCUUGAAGAAGAAGCCAGACUCGACAACUAAAUCAAUCUCCCACUAACAUCUCUGUCCAGAAGCUGUACUUUCUUGUUUUAAAAACCAUAGGGAUCCAAUCAUUCUGAUUAUAUUAUGAAAAAUCUUCUCUAUCCCUUCUGUUCGGUGUUAGAAUAUUGGAAGGGAUCAGAUUAGGUGUUCCACCUUGUCUUUAACCAGUCAAAGAGGACUUUUUUGACAUAUUGUGUUCAUAUAUAAAAUUAAUUUAGACUGUGAGGAGAAGUUCCUGAGGAGACUGCAAUGAAGGGACGUAUUCUCACUGUUUCUUCUCUGAUUUCCUAUACUCGUAUUGUUACUUCUCUUUCUGUUUCUUGAAAAUGGGAUGAAUUUAAGUAGAAUAAAUUUAGAUUUAGAUUAGAUUUGAAUAAAAAGUUGAUUGUUUAAUGCUGUUAAAGAU